GCGCGUACACCGCGAGUAAUCCCCAGUCGGCCAGCAGCAUUUUAGCAGUAGAACACACUUAACCAGUAGUGUCGGUGCAGCUCUAACACACAUUCAUAUAUAUAUAUAUAUAUAUUAACUUAUAUAUAAUUUUUUUUUGUAUAAAAAAAUAUAAUAAUAAUAAUUUAGCUGACCUAUUUUCGUCGUAACUGUUUUCCACAAUACACACUAUAAAAUAUAUAUAUAUAUACAUCGAGUUCAUCAUGCGAUACAAUUCACGUGCUUAGCAUAAAAUCGUUGUCGUGUCUUCUCUCCUGCGAGGAUUACGCGUCGUUUUCAAAUUCGUACGUAAUACAAAUUACAACCGACGCAAUAACGAACCGAUUAAAUACCAAAAUAACACAAUUGUUACAAACGCAUAAUAUUUGUAUUAGUAUUGUUGUUGUUAUUAUCAUUACUAUCGUCAACAACUCCCGCCUUAUAUUGUAAUAUUAUACAUAUUUUUAGCCGUAUCGUAGAUGACAUAAAUUGUGUAGUAAUAUCUAUAAAAUUACCAAUAUAACAUAUAUAUAUAUAUAUAUAUAAAUAUAAAAUAUAAAUUUAAUUACAUAAAAUAUAUAUAGAAUAACUCGAUUAGUGACUCACAUCAAUAUAUAUAUAUAUCAAUAUAAGUAAAUAAGACACGCGAAAGAAGCUGAUAAAUCCGCUACGAUAGACCGUAGAUAAAGCUUGCUGUCAAAGUCGUCCAAACAGCUUUCAAAAUUAACCGCUCACGAGAAAGGGGUAUGGGCAAAGGAGAUAAAAAACCGACGUCCCAGAAUAGUGCUGGUUCGAAUAUUGUGGGCAAGUUUACUCAGAGUGUCAGACGAAUAGUACAAGACGUCAAGGACGAAGGCACUGCUAGCGGUCAGACUAAAGAAGAAGUCAUAGAAACAAAUGAAAGAUUGAGAGCAGUACGGAUUCGUUUGGAAGAAUCCUAUGAUACGGCUAAAAAGUCACUCAUUACACUAAUGACUAAGUACACAGAGAGUAAGUCAACGCGAAAUGUCUUCCAAAGGUAUAAUCUUCUGAAGGCCAUGAUUAAGGAAGUUAUCCGGUUGGAAACACAAUAUUGGACACUGGUCGAGAUACCUAAACAAGAGAAACAAGAGACGGUACCGUCGUUCGUGCUUAGGGCGUGUGGGAUUGUGGAAAAAUCGCAAAAGUCUGGUGAAGGGGUCAAGUCUACGGCUAAGUUAGCCGAAGAGGAUGAAAAGAAACGAGAACGUAUUGAUAGACUUUGUGACAUGACGACAGCUCAAAUUGAAGCAGAGAAUACACAAAUGACAAACGACCUUUACCGAUUGUUAAAGAAAUACACUGGUCUAAGAAAUCUUAUAAGAGAACUGAAGGUAGAAUAUGUCAACUCAAAAGUGUACCCGAUAUUUCCACGUUACAAUAUACUGAAAGACUUAAUAAAGGACAUCAUGCAUCAUCAGGAAUACAUGGAAGUCUGCCACGAAGUCGAUGCUGUAUAAACGAGGGACGAAGAAGGACGACGCACAAAUUUUUUAUACGCACACAUAUAAAUUAAAUAUAAAAAUGAAUAUAUACACGGCAUUUAUUUAAAUUUAUGACCGACGAACAAAAUAAAAUCGGAGUGUUGUGUGCUAGUGUAUAAUAUAUUUUUGUGUGUAAAUAAGUGUGUAGUAUAUUUGUGUGAGUAUGAGUGUGAGUGUGCGCGCGCGCGUGUGUGUGUGUGUGUGCGUGUACAAAUGAAUGUGUGUAUGAAUGAAUGUGUGUAUAAAUGCGUGUGUAUGUAUGUGUAUGUAUGAUUAUGUGUAUGUGUGUGCGUGUGCAUGUGUUUUUUAUCUGAAUCGUGCCAAGCUACAUUUUAUUUCAACAUUUUUCCUGCGUACAUUUCGUCAUUUGAAUAAUGUGUUUCCACAAAAUUUGAAGAUACCUAUGGGUAUCAUCACAUUUGCUUUUAUCGCAUUUUACCAUUAUCGACGGAAAAAAUUCGAUGUCUCAUUUUCGUUUUUUUCCCGAGGAGAAAACCCAAUUUUAUGACGUUUUUCAAUAUUUCCCUUUUUGUCACUGCUAUAUUCCAUUCUAUUCAUCAACCGAUAUCCGAAUAAUAUUAUGACGUUACUAAUACUACUGUGUAUAAGUCGAUUUAAAAUAAUAUACUUUUAAUGACGACUAAUUAUUUAUACGCCAUAUUAUAUAAUAUUUAAUCAUGUAAUUAUAAUAUAUUUAAUUAAUUUAAAAUUGAUAAAAAUAAUUGAAUUUUUUGAAAAAAAAAACUUAAGUCUGUUAUAUACAAUCGUGUAUACCAUGUAAACUCGGCAGCGUUUCGUGGUGUAAUCAUAAUAUAUUAUAAGGAAUAUUUUUUUUUUUUUUGGAAAACGAAAAAACGCUUAAUCAUAAAUCAUAAUAUUAUUAUAUAAUAAUAUAUACCUACCUACUAUUAUAAUACUAUUGUGAUCUUCCGUGCCCUAUUGGACGUUUUGAUUUUAUACGCAUAAAUUAUACUGUUAUUGAUAAUGAUUCAACGACAAGGAGACGUGAACCUACCGGCUUGUUAUUAUUAGAGGCUUCACCGCGUCCCUUGUAAAUAUUGUAAAAAGAAAAUCACGUUCGCCUUUUUCAAUGCAAAACCCGUACGCCAAUCGUGUGGUAUGCAUGUAAUUGUUACAAAUUUCUAGUGACUCUAAUAGUAUUCGAGUGUAGUUAAUAACGCAAUCAGAUUAAUGAGGGGUGUUCGAAAGUCGCCACAAACUCAUCGAUAACAAUGUUUCUUCCGGCGGACACGUCGACGGUACGAUUUUAUUUAACUGGAUCGUCGGGAGCAGCGUAGUAGGCCACUAAACUUGCACCAAAAACCGUUGCGAACCGUGCUCGUUAUAUUUAUAUAGUGACCGCAGUCAAAUUAAAUACGAUUUGUUAAACAUACGUUCGAUACACUAUAUGCUUUUAUGCUGUAGUAGUGAAUUCUUUUUUUUUCUUUCUCUAGUUCGUUUUAUAUCAGUAAUAUUAUGCAUGAGCCAUUUAAACUAUUAUAAAUAUCACUAAAACAAAUUUCACCGGAACAUUAAAAAAUAAAAGAACUAACAAACAUAAAAAACGCAUUAGAGAAACUGCUAAAACUUAAAUAAACAACUACUUUAAAAAAUAUAAGUAUCCUCGUUUUGUAAAUUUACUUCCUCUAUAUUUUAUUCAUUUGAUUUACAACGAAAAUAUAAUUGCAUUAUUUUAAUAGAAAAUGAUUGAUAUAAAAUUAAACAUUCUAUAAUCAGAUAUCAUCCUAUUUUACAAAUACAGUAUUAUAUAAUAUAUAAAUUGUAUACAUACGUUAAGUGACACAUAAUGAUACUCAUAUUAGUUGUUGUUUAUAUCAAAUACAAUUGUAUAACCAAAUUUAAAUUUAAAAAGCUCAAUUUUUCUUUUUUCCCACUAAAAAUAACUCCUUAUUUUGUGAAAAUUUAAACAUGAUCAGAAAUUGAAUAAAUAUUAUACACAUGCGCAUAUACAAGCCGUGGGAACUCUGUCCUACAUUUUGGUGAUCUCUGUUUGAAAUAAAUUAAAAAAGAGAUUCACUAUAAUAUGUGGUUAAACUUAAGAAUGUGUAAUAUUAUUUAAUUAUUUACCUAUUUUUAUUAACAUUGGAAAAAUUACACAUCAAUAGAUAUUGCAUGUACUUAUUUAAUAUAAAAUUCAACAUUCCAACUCGUAUGACAUUAAGCAGCAGCUACGUGAAGCCUCUUCCGACUUAUCUACAAUAAAUUUUAUAUUGUUUUAUUAUCAUUAUCAACCCCUGGUAAUAUUAAGGUUCAUGGGCCAUGUUUUUAAAACAAAUAAUAUUGAAGAAAUAUUGUUAUCGACCUUAAAAAACAUAUCGUUUUUCUUUUUAAUGUUAAAAAAAAAAAAUUUCAAACGUAAUAAAACCCUACACAUACCACCACGUUGUUCUAUUCGGCGUAAUUCCAAAAGAAAAAAAAAUAACAAUAAUAAUUUGUUUCAAAAUAAUAAACUAUUAUGUUAUAAUAUAGUGAGUUUUUACACGAAUUUUUUUUAAUAUUUAUUAUUAUAUUAUUUACUGAACACGAUUGUUAUUGUUGAUUAUAUUAAUAAUAUGAAAUUAUGCUUAACUUCGGAAAUGUACUCGUAUGUCGUAUUUGUCAUUUGGUACGUAAUAUAAUAACUAAACUUGUAGUACUAUAAUAUAUAAUAAGUAAAUAAACUGUAAACGUGGUGAUAUUUUUUUACGUUUAAGUAAGAAAAUCCCACUUAGUAAUUUUUUUGUUUUAUUUCGGUUGUGCAUAUAUAGAAUAUAACAUAGUUUAGUAUUAAUCUAGUCGAAUAAUCUUGUUUAACACGUAAUUAGUUUUUUAGCAUAACAUUGUUAUCUGCUCGAACUAUUGAUCAUUGUUGUUUAUAUUGUUAAGUUUUCUUAAUUUAUAUUACCAUACGUCUAGUAAUAAUAAUAAUAAUAACUUAUAAAUUAUAAUACUAACAAAUAUAAAUAUAAUACUUAUAAAUGAUAAUACUUAUUAUAGUGAUUCAAUUAAACUGAUAUAUAUUAUUAUAGAGUAAAUAUUCAAUAUAAAUACUAUUAAUAUGGAACUGUAGGAGUUAUAGGUACAAUUUGGUUAUUUUUUUCGUUUUUGUUUCGGACCAAAUUAUUGUAUAACCUUAACCAUCGUCUUUUUUGUUUUAAUCAAGACAAUAACUUCGAACGACACUAGCCGAAUACAUUAUACAAUCAAUUGAUCUAAUCGUAUACAUGUUAAAAUGAGUACGAUCGAAAAAAAAUGACGUCACUUAAAUAAAAAAAAAAUACAUAAUAAUAACAAGAGCUUCUUUUACAUAGUUUAUGCAUAUUUCCGAGAUUGAAAUUAUAUGCUUUUGUGGUUUCUUACUUUUCAAUGUUUAUUUUGAACAGAUUCUCACAUAUAUUUUAAAAUGGCGUCAUUUAUUGGUUAUACAUACCAAUUUUACUUAUUUCCAAUAAUGGUUGAACCAUUUUCCUUUUAAAACAAUAUAACAUUUAACAUACCUACUAUUGAAAUAAACAUAAUAUAUUAUUUUACUACUAUAAAAUAUAAAUAAUAAAUUUUAACAAUUAGGUGCCUUUUUAGUACGCUCGUUACACAGUGUUUUUUCUAUUUAAAUAAUGAGCUUAGUAACGUGUAAAUAAGCUUUAUAAGCUAAUAAACUUUACAGGAACAUUAAUAAGUAUUCAUUUUUAUUAAAUAAAUUAUGCUAUUAUGAAAUUUAAUAAAUUUGUCGUCUUCAUCGCGCGCUAAUAAUUGAUUUUUAUGUUCUAACAUACCUAAACCAAAUAUAAAAUACUUGCCAAUGUACUUAAAAUUUUCUAUUUAUAUCUGAAAUGGAAACGAUUGUAAGUUAGUAAAAACAAAGAUUAUUAACAAAUAACCAUGUUGGUUUACAUGUUUAUAUUAAUAAUGUAAUAUUUAUCUGAUAAAAUAUAAAAUCAAUGUUAAUCAGUA